AUGCUCGCCAAACUCGUCACCUUCGCCGCCCUCCUCGCCACUGUCACUGCUGCCACAGCGGUAUCCCAGGCCAGCCCGACAUCCCAGACCAGUCGGAUGUCGCGGGCCAGCGGGGGAAAACCUACCAGGACGCCGCAUGCCAUCGGCGAACCGCAGAUUAGCCCGACACCGGCGCAGGCCGGUGGGACCCCCGGGAAGUGCACCAUCGGCAAUCUCAUGUGCUGCACGGAUGUAGUUGAUCCAAACGGCUUCGGUCUCUUGGGCAUACUCGGUGCAUUGCCAGUCGUCCCCACCCACAAGCUCAACGGGGCGAUCGGCGUGGUGUGCAACCCCGUCACCGCUGACAGCGUUGGCUGCAUUGCACAGCUGGCAUGCUGCACUGGCGAGGACGCGGUACUCGGCGUGACGACCUUCGAUUGUAUCCCGGUUCCUCCCGAAGGGCCAGAGGUUACCAGCUUGCCUGCGUAG